GAAGACAUUAUGGAACCAGUUGUGCGGCCUAAGCAGACCAUAUUUGGUGCUGUGAGUAAAGAACUUUCUGAACCUGACAUCUUUGAUGAAAUAAGAGAAUUUAUGCGACRUUCUAAACGAACAGAAGCAAUAYUGUUUGAYCAGAUURAACAGUUGCGCAGUGACCUGCCAAAACUGCAAAGURAUGUUUAUGCUGAACAUGAGCUGUCURUUGAGACUGGCUUUUCUAAAGAAGCAGCUUUUCCAAAGCGAGAGACUAGGACACUGUCUAGGCARUCUGCCUCAGAGCAAGCCCAAGGAGCCUCUGAUUACCAAGCUGCACCUCAUUCUCAAUCACUUGCUGCACAGCCUCAGCAGCCUAYAGCACAWGGAGGUCCAGCACAAAGAGKGGAMCCAAACCGUGGAGGUGAUCCUAGGAUACCUGACUUUAAAGAAGGUGAGGAUCCUGAAAGUUUCUUCAUACGUUUUGAACGCAUUGCUAAAACAUGGGGAUGGCCCCCAGCUGAAUGGGCUGCCAGGGUGGUCACAUUAUUGACUGGAAAAGCCCUAGAUGCUUAUGCUGGAAUGGAUGAAGACCAGUCUGACUCUUAUGACUCUAUUAAAGCUGCUGUAUUGUCUAAGUUUGAUGUAACAGAAGAGACCUACAGAUACCGGUUUCGAAGCUCCAAGGUACMAGUGGGAGAGMGUGUACGUGAAACCUAUGGUCGGAUAAAGGGACUCUACAAGCGAUGGAUGCGGCCUGACAGUCGGAGUAAAGAAGAGAUUGGGGAAACMAUCAUYUUGGAGCAGUAUCUACGUGUGCUUCAAUCAGAUGUUCGCACGUGGGUGAAGGAGAACAAUCCAAAGACUGGAGAGGAAGCGGCAGACCUGGCUGAACGUUACCUGGCUGCUCACAGAGAWCCUUUCAAGUCAAGAGUAGCAGAGAGACCAAGGUCUAUGGAGGUGACACCCCCAGGUGCAACAAAUGUGGACAAUUUGGACAAGAGGGGUGAGAAGUACCACAAGCUUCAACUGGUUUUUCUCCUUUUGAGUUGCUUUAUGGGAGACAGGUUAGAGGCCCUUUGGACAUGCUGAAGGAGAACUGGGUGGCUGGAGCGGYGUCCGGAUCCAGAGAAGCGGCUUCACCAACAAACAUCAUCUYCUACAUACUGCAGAUGAGAGACAAACUGGAAAAGUACAGAGAACAAGUUAAAGAUCAUAUGGAGAAGGCACAACUUAAGCAAAAGGUAUGGUACGACAGACAUGCCCGUGAGAGAGAGCUGAAGACUGGCCAGAAAGUCCUAUUACUUUUGCCCAGUGGGCCAA